UACUUGGACAGAAGUCACAAGUUCCAUGCGUGCUUCAACUAUCAAACAGAUGCUUAUGUGUAAGCAAGCAUGUCCACAGCGCACACCUUUUAAAGCCCUAUCAACUGCCACCAAAAAAUGGUGACUUUCUUCCUUAUCCAAUUUCCUAUCGUUCCUAGUUUCUUCAAGAAAUGGUAAAAUCCAAGAAGACCCAGCAUAAAGAUCAAGACUUGACGCUGAGAAGAUCUGCUAGAUUGGCAGACAAGUUCAAGAAACUACCAGAAGAGUUAAUCCUUAAAAUCCUGUCCAAAAUCCGGCAAGACCCCAAAACUCUCAUACGCUGUUCCUCUGUUUCCAAGAACUUGCAUUCUCUCAUCUCCAAAUUUGACAGUAUCUCCCUCAGAUUAUCGUAUCCUGAUGAGGACUAUGCUUCUCUUCCAUGCUUCCAUUCACAUCACCACAUCCCACAAGCGGUCGUUCCUGGUAUCAUAAGGGUUUUUUCAAAUCUCAAGUUUCUUCAACUUAAUCUCUGUCCAUGCCCUUCUCCGUCUUCUGAAGAUGGAGAAAUGUCCAGGUUGAAGUUCUUGCGUCAUAAUGAUGACGAUGAUUAUAUGAACUGCGAAAUAACAGUUGCUUUCGAAGUUGGGUUCUUGUCUGGGACUCGCACAAGCGGAGAUUUACCUCUGAAAUUGAGGCCCCAGAUUGUGAAUACUGGCGUGGUUGAAAUGAAUCUUCUCAUUGUUAAUACGAUAUUACAGCAUUGCCCGAAAACGCUGAGGAGCUUGGUGGUUUCGAGUGCGAAGAUGCAGGGGUCUGGAUCAAAAGGGGAGGUUUUUGUUAGACAAGAAGUGAUGGGAAAGUUGGCUGAUGUGGUUUCAAGUUUGAGGGGUUAUGAGAGUUGGGUUAAAUGGCUUAAUGACCCGAGGAAUGUGGCUUAUUGGCUUAAGAAUCCACUUAACGAUGACCAUCGUUGUCUUAGAGAAAUUAUGUGGGCUGUUCGUCGUGUAGAAUUGCCAUGGCCAUGGGAGGAGCGCAAUGAGCUAGUUGUUAGAGAAGGUGAUGUGAAGGAGUUAUUGAGUGUUUAUGAUUAUAAUGAUGAGCAACAACGAGGAGAUGGAAAUUAACUUCUUGAAGGUGGCAAAGUCAGUGGUAGUUCUUUCAAAGAGUGCAGAUGAUUGAUGAGCUGCUUGAAGUACCAUUGUGGUUCAUGAAGUGAUUGCAGAAUCUUCAUCUAGAACCCUACAAGGCACGAAAAAAGGCUUUACCUAUUCCAGUUUUCCUUUUUCUCUUUUGUUGAGCUUCCUUUGUUUAUCAAGUCACUAAGUACUUCCUAAAUUUAUAAUAUUGGAAUGGACAGUAAACUUGGAUAGUUGACCAUUACCAAGAACAAUUGAGGUGAGAUUUGUUCACUUUGUCCAUGGCUUAAUGCAUUAUUUGAAUGGAAUGAAGAGGAGCUUGGCCUCAUCUUUGGCUGUGAAUUAUGAUAGUAUUAAGGUGUGGUAACGUUCUAUAAAAUGCCAAUGCUGAAAUUGGCCUUGUAUCAUAUCGAGCUAAACCAUUUUUCAUGUGCUAUAGCACGACCAAAUCCAUUUAAAUAUUAGGUGUCUUUAAAAUAGGAUCUGUAUUCUCUCAUAUAACAUGAAUUUAGAAUCAUCAAAAAUCUAUAUAUGUGUGUGUGAGUUAUCCAAACCUCCAUUUUUCUGAUUACAAGUAUGGUUGUAAGUUGUAAAUAUAUAUUUAGGUGCACUAGAUUGUUUAUAUCACAUCAUGAUCUGUUUUUAUAUCAAAAUAGUUGUGCUUAUUUAUUUAUUUAUUUUAUAUAUUUAUUAUUAUUAUUAUUAUUAUUAUGGAUAUUGGAUUUAAAUUAAGAGAAAAAAAGCCAAGCUUUCUACCUUUUCUCCCAAGCCUAAGCAGGCAUGCAAGUGCUUUUGUUUUUUUUUUUUAAAGAAAAACCAUUUGAUUUAAAAUGUAUUAACAUGUGAAUUAUAAAAUGGUUUUUCCAUGUUCUUGAAUGAGUUUGGUGAUUUAUGGUUGGAAGAUGUAGGAGUCUGGAGGAUCACGAUGCGAGGGUUUUAUAGAAAAAUAAAGGGCUGGGCAAGUUUGGUUGAUAUUUGAGUCUUGAGUGAAUGGGUUGGCUUAUGAGCUUGUUGUCUUAGAGAAGAGGCAUGGAUUGUCUUACAUUUAGAAUUGCCGUAGAUAAGUGUUAGGAAGUCUAUCAUUCAGCUGCGAGUUUUCACUGGUAUUUUUGUUUCUCUUGUAGUUAACAAAAUCGGUGGUAGUUUCUUACAAGGUAAUGCUUGGUUCCUUUCUAUAUGUCAUGAUAAGAUUGAUCCAUGGGGAAAUGACCAAAAGGUCUUUGAUUUCUUGCUUAUCAUGUCUCUUUGCCGUGUUCUUAUUGUCUCCAAUCAUGCUACUGUAGGAAAGUUCUGUUUCUUUUUUAUUUUGUCCAUUUAUUCUGGUCCUUUCUAUAUUGGUGUUAACUUGUUUGUGUUAAAGUUGAUUCACUGUUCAUCUAUAAGCAUAGUCUUAUUAUGGACAGCAUUUAUAUCUAAAGAUCGCAGUUUCAGUUUGAGUUUGAAUGCUGUGGCUAGUUUUAGUACCUAUCAGUCUUGGUACUGGAUUAUGAUUACAUAACGCUUUUAUUUGGAAAGCCUCUGUAUUUAUGGCUAAUUUAGGAUUGCUAUAAUUAAUUAUUCUUGUUAUCAUGAAGAUGCAUGGUUCCGCUGUUGAAUAUUGCAUCUGCAUGCAUGUGGGUCUGGUUUUCUUGUUGGCAAGCUAGAGAAGGUGGGAGAUGAGAUUAAUUAUAAUUUUUCUCAGUUUGAGAAUUAUGGUUGUGGUGUGGGCAAUGCUGGUCUUCUUGUUCUAGUUGCGCUAUCCUGUGCUUUACUUGCCCUGCCGCUCUUUGUAACAGAUGAUGCCCUUUCUCUGCAGAGCACAGGGGGUUGGUGAACUGUUUUAUGUACCGAUAUGGUCAAUGAACUGAUGCAAAAUUUUGGGGAGAGAAACUUGCUGGCAGAUUUCACAAGGCACAGGAAAAAUGCUCAGCGUUUUUUUCUGAUUAUUUGUUCUUGAGCUUCCUUUGUUGAUAUUCAUCAACUCCAGAUUUUCAUGUGUUUUAGAUGAUUCCAAUCUACAUUAUGUGGGCGAAAAAUGAGUGAUGAGAGUGAAACAAGAAAGAUGUUUUCCACCUCUCAAUUUCGAACACAGUUGAAUACCACUCUUGCAUGUGGUUUUGGUCUCCUGUUGUCAAGUAAGGGUAACGGGUGAUGAGGUGACAGCAACUGUAAUUGUUUUCACUGUACAAUUAUGGCGAUGGAGUUGUGGAUGUUGAUGGCAUCAGUAUACUUGUCAAUUUAAUAAGUAUGGUUACAGCGCAGCACGAUUUCAGUCGUUUUGUUCUCAGCAGUUUCACCAAUAUUUGUUGCUCAUCCUUUGCUUCAUCUGUUCAGCCACACCUUGGACGAGAAGUACGUUUUAUUUCUCUGCAGAGUGCAACUGGCAGAUGAAGAGCUCCAUGUACCAACAAGGCUGAAGGGUUGAUUGCAUAAUCUUUGAUUAUGAAUUCAAUGGUUCAUCACCACCUUAAAGAACAGAAGAGCUCUGUAGACCUUUUUCUGUUGAAUAAUCUUGUGUUUAGGUUUCUCUAACCCGAAGGGUUAGAAGCCUAGAUUAUUGGAUGAUUAAUCUAUCUUAUCUUAUAUAUAAGCAUACAAUUUUUUUUCCA